GUGGGCCGGCGCACCGCUGUGACGUGGUCGUGCGGGCGGUCCCUGAUGCUGCGGCGCCCGCUGGUCGGGCUGGCAGUGGCCGCCCUAGGUCGCGCCCCUGCGGACGGCAUGGCAGGACCUAGGCCAGUGGUGCUGAGUGGGCCAUCAGGGGCAGGGAAGAGCACCCUGCUCAAGAAGUUGCUCCAGGAACAUGACAGCAUCUUUGGCUUCAGUGUGUCCCAUACUACAAGGACCCCACGACCUGGUGAGGAAAAUGGCAAAGAUUACUACUUUGUGACCAGGGAGAUGAUGCAGCGUGAUAUCGCAGCAGGGGACUUCAUCGAGCAUGCUGAGUUCUCGGGGAACCUGUACGGGACAAGCAAGGCGGCUGUUCGGGCUGUGCAGGCCAUGAACCGCAUCUGCGUGCUAGACGUCGACCUACAGGGUGUUCGCAGCAUCAAGAAGACUGAUCUGCAUCCCAUCUACAUCUCUGUGCAGCCCCCCUCGAUGGAUGUGCUGGAGCAGCGACUGCGGCUGCGCAACACUGAGACCGAGGAGAGUUUGGCAAAACGGCUGGCAGCUGCCCGGGCUGACAUGGAGAGCAGCAAGGAGCCUGGCUUGUUUGACCUGGUGAUCAUCAAUGACAACUUGGAUAAAGCCUAUGCAACACUGAAGCAGGCACUCUCUGAGGAAAUCAAGAAAGCUCAGGGAACUGGCCAUGCCUGAGGGCCUGCUUCCUUCCACAGAGUGAUGCCUGUGCCCCAAAUAUGCUUGGGUUUUGAGGUGGGGUGAUCUUUGCCAGGGCGCCAAGGACUUGUAAUAGGCUUCCGCUGUGGAGUAGGAGGAGCUGCCCCUUGUCUGGCCACAUGGUGGCUCUUCACCCUGUACUGACUUGCUGAGGCUAAAGGACUGCGAUAUGUACCCACACCUAUCCUCCCUGGGCUGUCCCUGUCCAUAUCCCUGUCCCUCCUGCUGGAGCAGGACUGACAUUCUAAUAAAGUAACUAUUGGGUUAGAGUG